AAUGAUAUUGUUAUUGAUACUGAUACUAACUUCAAAUAUUGUUACAGUAGCAGUAGCAGUAUCAGUAGCAGGGCGGGCAAAGGGAGAAGGUUGACCUAUAGCUGCAACCCAUGGCACCGCAGCAGACUUUAAGUAGCCUUGUCUUCAGGGACGAGCACGAACUCCGUGGCUGAAGUCCCGAGACUCCCACAGACAAGGACCAUGAACAAGAACAAGCAGCGCCCUGACUACACUGGACCACAGUCCCCAUCCAAAGGCCGAAGACCACCCAGGACGCCCAAGUGCUCCCGCUGCAGGAACCACGGCUUCGUGUCUCCGUUGAAGGGCCACAAACGCUACUGUGACUGGAGGGAGUGUCGCUGUGACAAGUGUAACCUCAUAGCGGAGAGACAGCGAAUCAUGGCGGCGCAGGUUGCCCUGAGGAGGCAGCAGGCCCAGGAGGAAGAACUUGGGAUUUGUACUCCAGUUGCUGUCAAUGGGCCUGAAGUGAUGGUCAAGAGUGAGUCUGGAGCGGACUGCCUGCUCCCUGUGGAAGGGAGAUCCAUGCCCUCUUCCAUCAGCACCUCCACUUAUGUGCAUGCUGGCCAAGGGAGCAGCAGGGCUCAUCAUGAGGGAUCGUCUGACCUUCAGAUGGAAACCCCCUAUUACAACAUCUACCAACCAUCUCGUUACCUGUACAACUAUCAGCAAUACCAGAUGUCUCAUGGUGAUGGCUGCCUGCCGAGCCACAACAUGCCCUCUCAGUACUGCAUGCAUUCUUACUACCCAGCAACCUCCUACCUGACCCAAGGCCGCAGCUCUGCCACCUACGUUCCUUCCAUCUGCAACCUGGAGGACGGCAACUACAGCAGUAACAACAACUACGCCGAGACCACGGCAGCCUCCGCCUCGUCCAGCGUCGGCCUCACCGCCGCUCCUGACUCUGCCCUGAACUACACCGUCACCUCCAUCGUUUACGGUGAAACAAACAAAUAAAGAAACCUCACAUAUAGUCGGAUUAAAAAAUAUAUAUAUAUUAGAGAGUUAUGCACUAAAUUGUUCACUACAAAUGUUUUAGUUAACUGACGUUUCCGAUUACACUCUUCUUUUGCACCUUGUUGCUACUUCACUAGUCUGGAUGUUGUUCAUAGUCAAUAUUCUCACCCCAGCCAUAUUUAGAAGGUUUUUUGUGCACCAUUUUGACUCGACAGAUUUACAGAGUAAGGGAUUGUUUUUUUUUUUUUUUAUUGUCAGGUUAUAUUUUCCUGUGCCUUUUAAAAACAUUAGACAGACC